GCGAGUCACCUGGGGAGGCCGACAAGUGCGGACACAUUGGCCGCCGCUGCGCUCGGCGAGGCGCGCACGGCCCCAGGCAGCUGCGCCCAGUGCAGGUAGCACCCGCCCGCCAGCCGCGCCCGGGCCCCAGCCCGCGCUAUCAGGGCCCCGCCGUAGCUCAGCCGGGCUCUGAGGUCGCGCCCCCCGGCCCGGGUCACUUUCCCAGGCGCACGCGGCGGCCGCGGCAGCGCCCCGGACUCACCAUGGUGGCAGCGCGCGCCGAGUGCCCGCGCGUCGCCGGCCGCCCGAGCCGCAGCGCCGGCUGAGCGCGGUCUACGCGCAGCCCCCAGGCCCCUGCCCGGCCCCCGCCGGGCCCGCGCGUCCCCUCCGGCCGCCGCUGUCUAUGGCGCAGCCCCCCUCCCUGGAUCAUGCACAGAAACUUUCGCAAGUGGAUUUUCUACGUGUUUCUCUGCUUUGGCGUCCUCUACGUGAAGCUCGGAGCACUGUCAUCCGUGGUGGCCCUGGGAGCCAACGUCAUCUGCAACAAGAUCCCCGGCUUGGCCCCGCGGCAGCGCGCCAUCUGCCAGAGCCGGCCCGAUGCCAUCAUUGUGGUCGGGGAGGGGGCGCAGAUGGGCAUCAAUGAGUGCCAGCACCAGUUCCGCUUCGGGCGCUGGAACUGCUCCGCCCUCGGCGAGAGGACCGUCUUCGGGCAAGAGCUCCGAGUAGGGAGCCGCGAGGCCGCCUUCACUUACGCCAUCACCGCGGCCGGCGUGGCCCACGCCGUCACGGCCGCCUGCAGCCAGGGCAACCUGAGCAACUGCGGCUGCGACCGCGAGAAGCAGGGCUACUACAACCAGGCCGAGGGCUGGAAGUGGGGCGGCUGCUCGGCCGACGUGCGCUACGGCAUCGACUUCUCCCGGCGCUUCGUGGACGCCCGCGAGAUCAAGAAGAACGCGCGGCGCCUCAUGAACCUGCACAACAACGAGGCCGGCAGGAAGGUUCUGGAAGACCGGAUGCAGCUGGAGUGCAAGUGCCACGGGGUGUCAGGCUCGUGCACCACCAAGACCUGCUGGACCACGCUGCCCAAGUUCCGCGAGGUGGGCCACCUGCUCAAGGAGAAGUACAACGCAGCCGUGCAGGUGGAGGUGGUGCGGGCCAGCCGCCUGCGGCAGCCCACCUUCCUGCGCAUCAAACAGCUGCGCAGCUACCAGAAGCCCAUGGAGACGGACCUGGUGUACAUAGAGAAGUCGCCCAACUACUGCGAGGAGGACGCGGCCACGGGCAGUGUGGGCACGCAGGGCCGCCUGUGCAACCGCACCUCGCCCGGCGCAGACGGCUGCGACACCAUGUGCUGCGGCCGCGGCUACAACACGCACCAGUACACCAAGGUCUGGCAGUGCAACUGCAAGUUCCACUGGUGCUGCUUCGUCAGGUGCAACACCUGCAGCGAGCGCACCGAGGUCUUCACCUGCAAGUGAGGGCGGCCACGGCGGCGGCCACGGGCGCCCCCACCCGGCGGCGUUUUGCACAUCCACUCCUUGCCCUCCCUGCUGCGGCGCUGCCGGCUGUGGGCAGAGGUGGACGCAGAAAGUGGGAGCUCCCCGUGCAGGAGGGCAUCAGCCAGCGCCCACAGCCUCUCCUGGUCCCCCAGGGGCUCCCUCCUGCCGCCCCCUCCGUCACCUCCCGUGGCAGAACAGCGCCCAUGACCUAUCGAGAGGACGAGGCCGAUGGCACUGGUGCCCCCCGAGGGCCCAGCAAACCCCUUUCUUUCUUCUGGGAAAGUGAAUCUCCAGGACGCUCCUGUAUCGUGGAAAGCAAAGUGAUGACAAGACUCCGAGGGUCCCCUGCCUGCCUGCUGGCACGGACACAGCACAGCCAUGCCAGCCGGUCACUUGAGACUGUUUUCCAGGCCUUAUCUGCAGCUUGGCCCCAGGACGGUGUGGACAGAUGGUGACGAGAAUUAUUUAUGUGUCCCUAGUCUGUGCGGAGCAUUCUCAGCACUAGCGCGUCGCCAGUCCUAGCUGCGCUGUCGCCCCCACACCCUCCCUGCCUACUCUCCCUGCACGUCUGCGGCUGCCCGCGUUGGUGGGGACCACACCUGGGGACCACACCGCACCUGGGGUCCCAGAAGUGAGCUGGGCGGGGGCUCAGCGGCCCACAGGGCACAGGGGGGACGCAGAAGAGAGCCACGGACAGGGCCCUCCAGCCGCCCGCCCUUCUUUUGAAAAUCAUAUCAAGCAAAGCAAAAUAUCACCCAUGUCGGGUUCCAGGAGUGCCUCGUCCCCUCCUCAAUCCUGUCACCCUCCUGGCCUGGCACCUCCAGUUUACAGAGCCGCCUCCCGCCCUGGAGCCAGCCUGACCCCAGGACGGUGCCGUGGCGGGGCCGGCGGGGGCGGGGGAGCGGGCAGGGAUGUUCACCCCGUUGACAGAGGGGGACACUGAGGCCCAGUGUGGCACAAGGACUUGCCAGAGACCCCGAGGGUUCGAGUGGAGGCUCCUGCCUUGGCCUCUGCCCGGCCCAGGCUGUGCCUUGAGAAACCCAACUGCUCCGUCUUGGCCCACACCCCUGCUCGGUGCCUGGGAGGGUCCCCCCGCCCUGUCCUGGUCCCUUCACCCUGAACGUCAUGCUGAGCAAACCCGAUCCAGGGCUGGGCCUGUCCUUUCCAGACCCUCCCACCCCUCUCUCUGAGGAAACUGAGGCACAGAGGGAGGAACUUGACCAAGGCCAGAGAGGAUGGUUUGCAACUGGCUUCUGGGGCACCCCUCCACUGCCCGGCACCCCAGGGUGUGCUUGACGGACGCCAUGGAGGGGUGCUCCUGGGCCGUGGACAAGCCACGCUGCCUGGACACUGCCCGGGCAAGCGACCCCGUCUGGGCCCUGGCCUCGGCCCCCAGCCACGCCAGGUACUCUGAGCCUCUGGGCCACUGUGAAUGCCCCCCCGGCCCCGUCUCUUCACCCCCACCCCGAGUCCCGGAACACCCCGAAUCCACAGGCCCGGUGUCCUCUGCCAAGGAACCUGGUUAACUUAUAUUGUUAUAUAGCGUUGAAAUGUCUAUAGUGUCUUUUAAAUUAUUGUGACCUACACUGGGUACCGGAGGUGGGGGGUGGCUGCGGCCACCACCCCCCGAGCCAGGCUCCUCCUGCUUGCGUGGACCCUCGGGGGCCCUGAGGCCACCGAGUCACUAGCACUGUCCCUUGGCCACCAGGCACCCCACCAAGACCCCGCCCUCCCCAGAGUCUGUCAGCAGCCGGCCCUUCCCUGGGUGGGAGGAUCGGGGGGGCCUAGGGGGCCCUGCCACCCAUGCCGUGUGCCCGCACAGUGGUGGCCAAGGUGCUGCAUGUCCUUGAAGUGCCCACGUCUGACGGCUGUGUUGCCAGCCUCCCCUGGAGGGGAGCGCUCGGCCCCAAUAAACGCUGGAA